AAACACCAAAACCUAAAAAACAGAAGACUCAUUAUCUAUCGCCGAUCAGAGGAAGACUUUUAAAAGGGAAUUUUUUUAUAUCAAAGUCUCUGGUCUCAAUCGAAAGGGGCAAACAAGGAACAAGAUGGUGUUUUACUUCAAAGCCCGACCAGAGGCUGGCGAUUACACCAUCUUCAUGGGUCUCGACAAGUACGAGAACGAAGAACUCAUCAAAUACGGUUUCCCCGAAGACGUUUGGUUUCAUGUGGAUAAAAUGUCUUCAGCUCAUGUUUAUUUAAGAUUGCACAAGGGUCAGACUAUUGAUGAUAUAAGUGAAGGUGUUUUGGAAGAUUGUGCUCAGCUUGUCAAAGCGAAUUCCAUUCAAGGCAACAAGGUGAAUAAUAUUGAUGUUGUUUACACUCCAUGGUCCAAUUUAAAGAAAACUGCUUCCAUGGAUGUUGGCCAAGUUGGUUUCCACAAUUCAAAAAUGGUUCGCACUGUGAGGGUGGAAAAGCGGAUAAAUGAGGUAGUUAAUAGAUUGAACAAAACAAAAGUGGAAAGGAAACCUGAUUUAAAAGCUGAGCGAGAAUCAGCAAAUGCCGCAGAAAGAGCUGAGAGGAAACUCCAGCUGAGAGAUAAAAAACGGCGUGAGGAGAUGGAGAGGCUUGAAAAGGAGAGACAGGCAGAGAUAAGGAGCUACAAGGGAUUGAUGGUGUCCGACAAGAUGACAUCUAACAAACAGAUUGCUUCAGAAAGUAAGUCCUUGCAGGAACUGGAAGAGGACUUUAUGUAAGCACACGAGUGUCAAACUGCUUCGUAAGAGCAGGAAAACUUACUGCCAUAGAAAGAUGGAAUUUUCCAUUCAGAAUGUGAUGCUAGGCCUUCAGUUAUUUUCCCUUGUGAAUAAAUCACCUCGGUCCUAAAUGUGGAACUCAGAGGGUGCUAGUAACAAAAAGAUAUGCACAACCUGAAGAAAUGGGAUCAUUGAGGGGAGGUGAACUUUACUUAAAAAUAGACCAUUUGUUGUACUUUGAUGAUAUGAUGAAACAUGAUUUGCAUCAUUUAUUCAUGGUUAAUGAUUGAUAGCAUGUGUUUCUGUAAUCGCCUACUAAAAAAAUUGUUUCUGUAAUCAAAUUCUAUAAGGAAACUGAUCCUGCAGUUUGUUUUGUUUGUACUUAA